AUGGUCAAGCCGCUCUCCUUCAAGGGCGACAAAAAGGUCAAGAAGCGCAAGCGCGCCGACGCCGACAAGCCGCCCCGCGACGCCGACUCCGAGGCGCAAGACGCGCAGGUGCAGAAGCAGAACCCCGGCGCCGACGAGCCCGAUAAUGACGACAGCUGGGUGUCGGCCGAGGGACUGAUGGAUGUCGUCGGACCUGUCAUGAUCGUCCUCCCCACUGACACGCCGUCGGCGCUGGCGUGCGACCCGAGCGGCAAGGUGUUUGCGCUGCCAAUUGAGAACAUUGUCGACGCGAACCCUUCCACGGCCGAACCGCAUGAUGUGCGCCAGGUUUGGGUUGCGAAUAAGGUGUCAGGAACGGACAGCUUUCGGCUCAAGGGCCAUCAUGGAAGAUAUCUUUCCUGCGACAAGAUCGGGUUGCUUUCAGCCAUGUCCGAAGCUGUCUCGCCGCUCGAGUCCUUCAACAUGAUCCCCACAUCCGACACGCCGGGGACCUUCCAGAUCCAGACGCUGCGCGACACGUUCCUGACCAUUAAGCCGACGACGUCCGCCAAGGCCGGCGGCGCAGCGGGCGCCGAGGUGCGAGGUGACGGCGACGCCAUCUCUUUCAACACAACGUUCCGGAUCCGAAUGCAGGCGCGGUUCAAGCCGAGACUUCGAGCGUCCAAGGAAGAAAAGGCGCUGGCGCGUAUCAGCCGACGGGAACUCGAAGAUGCGGUGGGGCGGAGACUGGAAGAGGACGAGGUGCGGAAGCUAAAGAGGGCGAGGAAGGAGGGAGACUAUCACGAGCGGUUGCUGGAGUUGAAGGUCAAGGGGAAGCAUGACAAGUAUGGUUGA